CCCGCCGGCGGCCGUGCCCCACCGCCUCUCCCCUCUGCUCCUGCCCCCCCAGAGCUGCUGGAGGACCUGUCCGAGAGCCGGGAGUGUGUCAAUUGCGGCUCCAUCCAGACCCCGCUGUGGAGGAGGGACGGCACCGGCAACUACCUGUGCAACGCCUGCGGGCUCUACACCAAAAUGAACGGCCUCAGCCGGCCCCUCAUCAAGCCCCAGAAGCGAGUGCCCUCGUCCCGGCGGCUGGGCUUGUCCUGUGCCAACUGCCACACCACGACCACCACCCUGUGGCGCAGGAACGCGGAGGGCGAGCCCGUCUGCAACGCCUGCGGCCUCUACAUGAAGCUCCACGGGGUUCCCCGACCUCUUGCUAUGAAAAAAGAAGGAAUUCAGACCAGGAAGCGAAAACCUAAGAACAUAAAUAAGUCAAAGGCAUGCUCUGGUAACAGUACUACUGCGGUUCCUAUGACUCCAACAUCCACGUCUUCUACUAACUCAGAUGACUGUAGCAAAACCGCUUCUCCCAGCACACAGACUGCAGCCUCCGGGGCGAGCUCGUCAGUGAUGUCUGGCCCAGGAGAGAGCACCAGUCCCGAAAGCAGCAACCUCAAGUAUUCAGGUCAAGACGGGCUGUACACAGGAGUCAGCCUGACCUCCACGGCUGAAGUGACGGCGUCUGUGAGACAGGAUCCCUGGUGUGCCCUGGCUCUGGCGUGAUCCGGCACGAGGGAAGCUGGAUCCUGGCACUGCGCGGCAGCCCCUAGAUGUCCGCGCACAGUUUCUUCUGCGGAGCGGUCGCAGCGGCAGCGAGAGUGCUGGCAAAGACCAUUCCUCUGAAAUUGUUUCCGUGCCUUGGCGGCAGAGGUGUUUUUCAGCCUCCGAAAGAGGCUCUGCCGAAGCAUCCAGUUCCUCAUCUAUGCAAGAAAAAUAUAGGGAAAGCAAACGCCCACCAGGGGAUAGCUAAUGCAGCCUUACACUCUC